CACAAUCUAGGGCUGCCCCAAAACCCACAGAGGAAUAUUAUCGCGAAGUUGUGCUUUGGAACUUUUUUUUCUCUUGACAACCCCCUUUGACAACAACCCACACCGACAAAUUUGAGCCAACCGCCCGCUCAUAUACCGUCAAGAUGGCUUUCCACAAGUUGGUGAAGAACAGCGCGUACUACAGUCGCUUCCAGACCAAGUACAAGCGUAGAAGAUCCGGCAAGACCGACUACUAUGCCCGCAAGCGCCUGAUCACCCAGGCCAAGAACAAGUACGGUGCCCCCAAGUACCGUCUUGUGGUCCGCUUCACCAACCGGGACAUCAUCAUGCAAAUCGUCACCUCUGAGCUCACCGGCGACAAGGUCUUCGUCGCCGCCUACGCUCACGAGCUCCCCGCCUACGGCAUCACCCACGGCCUCACCAACUGGGCCGCCGCCUACGCCACCGGUCUCCUGAUCGCCCGCCGUGCCCUCUCCAAGCUCGGCCUCGACAAGACCUUCACCGGUGUCGAGGAGGCCGAUGGUGAGUUCACCCUCACCGAGGCCGCAGAGACCGACGACGGCGAGCGCCGCCCCUUCAAGGCCAACCUCGACGUCGGUCUUCACCGCACCUCCACCGGUGCCCGUGUCUUCGGCGCCAUGAAGGGUGCCUCUGACGGUGGCAUCCUCGUCCCCCACUCCGAGAAGCGCUUCCCCGGUUACGACAUCGAGUCCAAGGAGCUCGACGCCGAGACCCUCAAGAACUACAUCUUCGGCCAGCACGUCGCCGAGUACAUGGAGACCCUCGCCGACGACGACGAGGAGCGCUACAAGUCCCAGUUCCAGCAGUACAUUGACGACGACGUCGAGGCUGACGGCCUCGAGGAGCUCUACACCGAGGCCCACGCCGCUAUCCGCGAGGACCCCUGGAAGAAGGAGGAGUCUGAGAACAAGAAGACCAAGGAGGAGUGGAAGGCCGAGUCCAAGAAGUACAAGACCAAGCGCCUCACAAAGGAGGAGAAGGAGCAGAAGGUCAAGGAGCGCAUCGCUGCUUACCGUGCCGAGUAAAUUCUUCCUCUUCUGUAGUAGCACAGCGGUUUAAUUCAUUCGUGGUGGGGUUUGGCAUCUGGGCAAGGCAUUUGACGUUAUGGCAUGACAACUUUUCUUCAGUCUUCUUCGGGCGUUAAUCAGGCAAACAAAAAUCCGGAAGGAGGAUUAUGAUGGUCACGGGAGGAGUCAAAAAACGACUCCUCGAGAAUUCAAUAAGAAUAUCCCAAAUGCCAGACGUCAAAAGCUA